AUGGAAAGAAGUCUGGAGGCCAAGCACAGAGACAGGAUGUCCCAGGUGAUGAGGGAGUGGGAGGAGGCUGAGCGGGAGGCCAAGAGUCUACCUCGGGCUGAUAAGAAGGCUGUCAUCCAGCGUUUCCAGGAGCGCGUGGAGGCUCUAGAGCAGGAGGCGGCCAGUGAGAGGCAGCAGCUGGUGGAGACGCACAUGGCUAGGGUGGAGGCCCUGCUGAACGACCGCCGUCGCCUGGCCCUGGAGAGCUACCUGACCGCCCUGCAGGCCGACCCUCCCCAGCCUCGUCACGUGUUCAGCCUGCUGAAGAAGUAUGUGCGCGCCGAGCAGAAGGACAGACAGCACACCCUCAAGCACUUUGAGCACGUGCGCAUGGUGGACCCCAAGAAGGCGGCCCAGAUCCGACCCCAGGUGCUGACCCACCUUCGUGUGAUCGAGGAAAGGAUGAACCAGUCUCUGGGUCUGCUGUACAAGGUGCCCGGUGUGGCGGUCGACAUUCAGGAUCAAGUGGAGCUGCUGCAGAGAGAGCAGGCCGAGAUGGCCCAGCAGCUGUCCUCCCUGCAGAGCGACGUGAGGGUGAGCUACGGCAACGACGCCCUGAUGCCCGACAGCACCUCCAGCCUGGACUCGCUGCCCAAGGAGGACGGCCUGGGCCUGGACGGCCUGGGGUUCAUCCACCCCGAGAGCUUCAACCAGGCCAACACCCAGAACCAAGUGGUUCCUGUUGACGCUCGCCCCAUCCCUGACAGAGGCCUGCCGACUCGACCGGUGUCUGGUCUGAAGCCAGAGGAGAUUCCUGAGCUCAGGAUGGAGGCUGAGGAGAGGCACAGCACCGGAUAUGAAGUCCACCACCAGAAGCUGGUGUUUUUCGCGGAGGACGUCGGCUCGAACAAGGGAGCAAUCAUCGGGCUGAUGGUCGGUGGUGUUGUCAUAGCGACCGUCAUCGUCAUCACCCUGGUGAUGCUGAGGAAGAAGCAGUACACAUCCAUCCACCACGGAGUCAUCGAGGUGGACGCUGCCGUCACCCCAGAGGAACGGCACCUGUCCAAGAUGCAGCAGAACGGCUACGAGAACCCCACCUACAAGUUCUUUGAGCAGAUGCAGAACUGAAGAAUGCGCCGUGUCACCAUCCCACCUUGACCACUGUCACCCCCCCAUCUCUCGCCCCAUAAACACCCUUCACCCCCAUCCUCUCCUAGAUGUGUCCCAUGCCUAGCCUAGACCAUCCCAGCCCCACCACCACCAACCUCUCCUGGUCUGGGGUGGGAGGAGAAAGCCCUCGUACUGGUCCAGGGUCAGUGUUAGCUUCUGGCUUGCGAAUGCUGAGGUGUGGACUUGAGUAGAGAAACUGACCCUGCAUCAGCACCUACGAGGUGUUGUGUGUCCCACACUGCUCCUCCUCCCCCCCCCCUCCCUGCACUACUGCACCCACUGUACACUGGGGUAUAGGUGAGGUCUAUGGGUCAUGAAUCCCCUCCCCCCUCUUUCUCUUUCUCUUCUUCUCUCACCUACCCGCCCCCGCACCCCUCCCCCGCCCCUCAUAUCUUUCUCUGUUCAUUCUUAUGACAGCUGUGCUGUGUUAGAUCACACAAAGCUUUUAAGGAUUCAGUGCUAUUGAUGAUGUUGAUGAUUAUUAUAUAUGAUGAUGAUAAUGAUGGCAACAAUGUAUUCUGAAUGAGCUCUUUUGUUUUGGAGUUAUUCUAUCAUUUCCGGUUUUGUUUUCCAAAAAAAAGAAUCAAAAUGUAAAAAAAAAAAAAAAAGAAUUCUAUGUAAAGAUGACAAUUGUUCUUUUUUUUAUUGCGUGUUAUGUACUGAAGUAAUGCUUAAAUCUAGCUGUUCUAUUUAGUGCAUGAUGACGAUAAUGAUGAUGAGGGGGAUUAAAAAUGGUCUUUCCGGUUCUCUGAGAGAUCUUUUCUCACGUAUAGAUUGUCAUUCUAGCAAGAUUGUAAAUUUUUAGUAUCUUCUCGUGAUCACGUGACUCAAAACAACAAUGAAAAUAUAUGAUAAAUCUAGAUGACUGGGCUCUCUGCUUUGAUAUCAUGUGAAGUACACCUUGAGAGGUCUGUGCUUUUGAAUUUGAAGAUUAUGUUCACGUUUUCUUUUUUUCCUUUUCUUUUUCUACCAUGCUUAUUCCUGGAGCUACGGGCCCUGGCUUGAUCCGUAUGUGUACAUUGUUAUUAUGAUCUGAAAUGUAUUGUGUUGGAAUCCUAUUGCGUUUGCAGACCUAAAUGUCGAGGCUCUUCGACAUGGCCCUAUUUAAUUUUGAUUUCUUUUCAAACCCAUGUCGUGCGUUUUUUUUAAUGGUUUGGGGAAGAUUUGGUGAAUGUUUGGGGGGGUGGGGGGGACUAGGACAGGUGGGGUGGGGGUGGCGGGGCAGGACGGAUGAUUCUCUGUGUGUGUGUGUGUGUUCUCCAGUCUAGUUGGCGUUCUCGUCCGGUUCCACGUUUGCAAAAAAAAAAUUAAAGCCCCUCUCCUUUGUUUAAGAUGCAAAAAUUUGAAAUAUCUAAUAACAAGAUACAGUAACAAGACAUCCUGUAGGGUUAGCCCUCCAUCUAUCUCCUACCUUUCUCUCUGCUGACACCAGAACAGGUGCACUGCUAGAGGGUGUGCAUGUGAGAGGGAAGGAAAGGAAGGAGAAAGGGGUAGAGGGAAUUAGCUGUUCCAGAUGGAUGCCUAAGCCAGCAGGCCGUAAAAUAGAUUUUCUCCCCAGCCUUUCCACCCUUUAGGCAUUCUCUUCACUUCAUAACUGUCACAACACACUUCUUUCUAAAGACCCCAGAUUAACCAAGCCUGUUUUUCGUGGCUGGAUGUGGAGAGAACUGGCGAUUUGUAAAGAUUAAUUAAAAGUAACUGGGGAGUAAAAAGAGGGAUGCCAGGCUGAUUGGAGGUUGUGACUCUAGAAGAUUCCACAGCAGCCUCCUUGUCACCAUCCAUCUGAACACCCCGUUAUUGUAAAACAUCACUACAACACAACCCCAAGGGUUGUCUACUGCUUGUUAGUUGGGAGUGCUGGAAGCAUGCAUCUCAUGAGUGGAGCCUUUGGUAGAAGGUUGGUUCUAGAGAAAGCCUUGUGAAGAAUUGCUGAUAGCUGAGAGAGGUGUCAUGCUGCAAUGGGUUAAUCCAUUGCUUUGGUUCAGAGGGUGUUUUUGACCAACUGAAAGCAGUCGAGUUGGAAGAAAAAGCAGGGUUUCUUUCUGUCUAUUUGUGGCUUUAUAUCCACUGUGUGUAAUUGUGCAAGCCAUUUGCUUUGACUGGGAAAACGCUUUCUACACUGUAUUCCAUAUAAAUAAAGUUUUGAAUGUACAUACA